UUUUGGGGCUUUCAUGUGCCAGGACGGAGAGGGGGGAAAAGAAAAUCGAGGAUAGGUAGAGAGAGCGAAAGAGAGAGAUAGGGACACGAGAGAGUAUUGACAAAAGACACAGGCAAACAAUACCCCCUUUCCCGUCUUUCCUACAAAACUUCCGACGAAAAGAAAAAGAAAAAUACUGAACCCCCCAAGACACGACGACGGCGACGACGACGAGUCCUUCGAGAUACCCAUAAUCACAUACGAACCUUAACGACAGACCGAAAAGACAUACAAUGGCGUGGGAAGAGCCGAGAAAGACAGGCAUGCAGUACCGCCGUCUGGGCAACUCUGGACUGCACGUAUCGGUCCUGGGUUUGGGCGGUUGGUUGACCUUUGGUGGCCACGUUGAGAAUGAGAAGACGUUUGCGUGCAUGAAGCAGGCCUAUGACCUCGGCAUCAACUUCUUCGACACGGCCGAGAGCUAUGCUGGUGGUAACUCGGAGGUCAUCAUGGGCCAAGCCAUCAAGAAGUUCGACUGGAACCGCAACGACAUUGUCGUCACCACAAAGCUCAACUGGGGCGGCGCCAACGGUGAAGUCCUCGUCAACAACCACGGCCUCUCGCGCAAGCACAUCAUCGAGGGCCUCCGCGCGUCUCUCAAGCGCCUCGACCUCGAGUAUGUCGACAUCGUCUACGCCCACCGACCCGACCGCCUGACGCCCAUGGAGGAGACGGUGCGCGCCUUCAACCACGUCAUCGACAAGGGCUGGGCCAUGUACUGGGGCACGUCUGAGUGGAGCGCCGACGAGAUUGCCGAGGCGUGCGGCAUCGCCAAGGACCUCAAGAUGAUCCCACCCAUCGUUGAGCAGCCCCAGUACAACAUUCUAGAGCGCCGCAAGGUCGAGUACGAGUUCCAGAGGCUGUACCAGCGCUUCGGACUCGGCCUGACCACCUUCAGCCCCAUCAAGAUGGGAUUGCUGAGUGGCAAGUACAAUGACGACCCGGACGCGCCCCCGGCCGGUAGCCGCUUCGCCGAGGGCAAGGGCGACAAGUUUGUCAACUGGGCCAACAAGGAGUGGUACGGCAACGACGAGUGGAAGGCCCUGAUUCAGAACGUAGUUAAGCUCAAGGCCAUCGCCGAGAAACUUGGCGCGACGCAGUCCCAGCUGGCCCUCGCCUGGUGCCUCAAGAACCCCAACGUGAGCUCCGUCAUCACGGGCGCCUCGAGGCCGGAACAGAUUGUGGAGAACGUCGGUGCGUUGAAGCUUCUGGAGAAGCUGACGCCCGACAUCAUGGCCGAGGUCGAUGCCGUUGUGGGCGAGGUCAAGCUUGACCCGGCGAGACAAGAUUAGAGAGUGGCGUGUUCUGGGGAAAUUGUGUUUCUGUGCAUCUGCUUUUGGGGAUGGCGCGGUUCUGUCAUACAUACAUCCACACGUAUAUACAUACAUACGUACAUACAUACAUACAUAUCUACC